AUGUGCCUAUGUAAAUAUAAUUGUGCUGAGGAAUUUCAGAUCAUUUUCUAUCUGUUCGACCCUGAUAUUCCACGCACCCUAUCUAUCUAUCUAUCUAUCUAUCUAUCUAUCUCAUUCUGUUCAUAUCUAUCCCAGUCUGUUCAUAUCUAUCUAUGCCAGUCUAUUCAUAUCUGUCUAUCUAUCUUCCAAUCUCAUUUGUUCAUGCCUAUCUAUCUAUCUUCGUCUGUUCAUACAGUUUAUACUUAUCUAUCUAUCUAUCUAUCUAUCUAUCUAUCUAUCUAUCAAUUUCAGUCUCUUCAUAUGUAUCAACCCUCAGUUUCUUCAUACAUAUCUAUCUUAGUCCGUUCAUACUUAUCUGCUCAUACAGUUUAUAUUUUAUCUAUCUAUCUAUCUAUCUAUCUAUCUAUCUAUCUAUCUAUCUAUCUAUCUAUCUAUCUAUCUCAUUCUGUUCAUAUCUAUCCCAUUUUUUCAUGCCUAUCUAUCUAUCUUAGUCUGUUCAUAUUUAUCUGUUCAUACAGUUUAUACUUUAUCUAUCUAUCUAUCUAUCUAUCUAUUACAGUCUCUUCAUUUCUAUCUCAGUCUGUUCAUAUCUAUCUAUCUAUCUAUCUAUCUAUCUAUCUAUCUCACUCUGUUUAA